GGGGGGUGGUGGUGGUGGUGGUUGGUGGUUGGUGGUGGUCUCAGCCCAGAAUCUCUCGGUGAUUUCCCCCCCCUCCACCCCACCCCACCCCGCGAGCGGCUAGGGCGAAGGCGAAGCUGAUUUGGGGCCGAAACCAUGAACCGGAGUUUCCACAAGUCUCAGACCCUGCGCUUCUACGACUGCAGCGCGGUGGAAGUCAAGAGCAAGUUUGGGGCUGAAUUCCGAAGGUUCUCCUUGGACCGCCAUAAGCCUGGGAAGUUUGAAGAUUUCUACCAGCUGGUCGUGCACACCCACCACAUCUCCAACACCGAAGUGACCAUCGGCUAUGCCGACGUGCAUGGGGACCUCCUGCCCAUCAACAAUGAUGACAACUUCUGCAAGGCAGUCUCGAGUGCAAAUCCCCUUCUCAGAGUCUUCAUCCAGAAGCGAGAAGAGGCAGACCAUUACAGCUUUGGGACAGGCACCCUGUCAAGGAAGAAGAAGGUGCUGGUGACACUGAGGGACGAGGGUCUACGUCGGCGCGCCCACCUGGACAUCAGCAUGCCCCACGACUUCCGCCCAGUGUCCUCCAUCAUCGAUGUGGACAUCCUCCCCGAGACGCACCGCCGCGUGAGGCUGUACAGACAUGGCUGCGAAAAGCCACUGGGUUUCUACAUCCGAGAUGGCACCAGCGUGCGGGUGACCCCCCACGGGCUGGAGAAGGUGCCGGGCAUCUUCAUUUCUCGCAUGGUACCUGGGGGCCUCGCCGAGAGCACCGGGUUGCUGGCUGUGAAUGAUGAAGUCCUGGAGGUGAACGGGAUCGAAGUGGCUGGAAAGACGCUGGAUCAGGUCACAGACAUGAUGAUCGCCAACAGCCACAACCUCAUCGUCACCGUCAAGCCUGCCAACCAGAGGAACAACGUGGUCCGCAGCAGCCGCACGUCCAGCAGCUCUGUCCAGUCCACAGACAGUGCCGCCAGCCACCACAGCGUGCCACCUGCACACGUCCUGCAGAACUUCCACUCCGAGGAGAUGGAGAGCGAUGAGGAAGCUGACAUUGUCAUCGAGGGGGCUCUGGAGCCUCAACACAUUCCCAAGACACAGGGCGUGCCGCCAGGGAGUGUCUCAAGGGCCAACGGCACCAGCCUGGCCCACAGGCUGCACAGGGACCUGGCCCUGCAUGGCUCCGGGCGGGACAGCAACGGCAGCAUCCACAAACUUCUCAGCUCCCUCAAGUCGGACCCCCGCCACAGCCUGGUCCUCCCCCAGGGAGGGGUGGAGGAGCACGGGCCAGCCAUCACACUCUAGGGCUCCGGUCACUCGCUCGGGCUGAGUGAGGUUCAGUGAGACUGCGUCAGCAGGACCUUUGAGGGGAGUCUACAUGGGUAGUGACUCCGGAAGUCCAGUUUUCAAAGGGAUAUAUUUUAAAUUUUUUAUUCCUGUCUUAAAAUAAGGAAAGGAUUUGUGUACUUCAUCCUCUCUCUCGCUUUCUCUCUCUCUCUCUCUCUCUUUUUUUUUUUUUUCUCAUUAACUUCCACAACCCUAUUCUUUAUUUCAAUGUUUGGACAGGAAUACUGGCUAUUUCUUUUAUAGGAUUUCUCCACUGAACUUAAAAGAUUCACAAAUGCGCACACACUGCCAGACCUGAGCGCAGGUCUCAGCACCCUUUCAAAGUGGCAGAAAAGGUCUUAAGUGCAGAGAAUAUUUAAAAGUUGUUUUUUAACUAAAAAUACUUCAUUUUUAGGGAAAAAAAAUUCUAAAUGGUAAAAUUCAUGUUUUUAACUUAAUUCAUGCAAAAAAAAAAAAAAAAACCACCCUGUGAUGUCUGAGUUCUCAGCUGACCCACAGCGUGACUAGACAAGAAGGCAGGAGCUGUCUCACAGCAGGCGCACCCAUGCCUAUGACAGGUGCCAUCACGGAGGGAAAAGUUCAGUUUUCACAGUGUUUGAGGCCAGUUCAAAAUGUCUGGUGGCCAUUACCCAAGAACAAACGGGCACAGAUGCCCUGCGUCCAAGGUGCUGCCCCAGCCGUCGGCAGUGGGCAGUCACUGCCUGCCGCCCAGAAGCAGUGUAGAAAGCCAGCCGCGCUGCUGGAAGGCGAGGCUCCAGUGAUGCCUUGUGGGAUUUAAAGCCAGUGUUUUCUUUGGGACACAUCGGCCUUUUCUCGGGUCACCUGACUCUAGGUCAGUUUUGAAGAAGUCUUCAGUAAAAACGAGAGGUGCCUCAGCAGUUGGAUGGAAGCACGUUGUUAGCUUUGCUUUUAAAGCCGGUUCUUUUGAUAAGACAAGAUUAGAUCAUGCGUACAUCCAUCCCUAGAGUCGUGGGAUAGUGGCAGGAAUUCUUCUAAGUACAAUAAGUCAUGUGGAACCUAAUAGUUUCUGACAAAUAGCAAAUUGUCACUUUCCUUUGAUCUUCUUAGAGGUUUACUCUUGUUUGACCCAAUUAAAUUUUAUAUGAAGUGGUUUUUUUUUUUUUUCCUGUUUGGGUACAGUGUCGGGGAGAAAAUGUUACUUUUACACAUUAAGAACAAACUGACCAAAUGAAUCCUUCGCUGUAAAUACAGAUAAAAGUAUUUUUCAAACUUAACAGGUGGUGAGGCCCCGCCUCCACCUGCUGCCCUUGUGGUUUAGCACCACCUGCUGGUCAGUGACAGAACUGUCUUGAUUUUGUGAAUGUCUUAGUGGAGAACAGUGCUUCUCAACAUUAAUCCAGAAUUCAUUAAGUGAAAAGAUAAUUAUUUUCCUUUGGAGAACUAUUUAUUGGACUCAAAUAGCUUUUUCUGAGUCAUUGUUUCCCUCGGCCUGUGUUGACUACUUGUUCCUGAGCACUAGGCAAGGGAAGGGGGCAAGAUGCUCCCCAGAAGUCUCAGUGAGGGUCCAGACUCAAGACCCAUGGGUUCUGAGAAGCCUAUGGAGAAUGUCAUGUUGUGCUGCAGUUGUGGAAACGUUUUUAUUUUUACUAAAACAAGCACUACAGAACCAAAACUUUGAGGUUCAGUGAUUAGCACAAAGAAAUGACUGAUAAGUUAUUGCUGAGUGUUGCCUAUUGAGUAACUGGAUCUGCUACCAAGAAGAAAAGUUAUAUUUCUUACCAUGUUUUAAGUUGUUCAGCAAAUGUGAAUCCAUUUUUUAAAGGAAAAAGAUGUGCGUGGGGAUUAUUGAGAACUUUGUGGGCUUCUGCCUGUGAGAGAAUUACAAGCUGCUUGGAGCAGCUGCUUGGAGUGUAUUUUUCUACCCAGAUCUAUCCUUCUGCCAUUUUUCUUUUUCUGUUUUAUAUAUCAGAGAAUAAAAACUUUUUGUUUUUCUUUUGAGUUAACAAAUUA